AUGGGGGUUAGCAUCACUUGCAGUUUGGUUAUUUUGGCUGUAUGUUGCGUUGCUACGUACUCCAUUGGUGAGGAAUGCUGUUCUAGAUGCUGCAAUCAGUGUCACGCUGGUUGUAAUUCAAAGGCAGAGAAAUCUCCUGUGAAGACUACGUACAUAAGAUGGGGGAGAACAUCCUGCCCAGAUGGAGCAGCUAUUGUCUAUGCAGAUAAAUUCAGAGCUGCAACACUAUGUGGAAUACAAUACAAUCCAUACUCUAUCAAUGUAUACCCAGCAAAUGCCAGUUGUAAUUCAAAUGCAGAGAAAUCCCAUGUAAAAACUACAUACAUAAGAUGGGGGAGAACGUCAUGUCCAGAUGGAGCAGCUAUUGUCUAUACAGGUAUAGCCGGUGGUUCAAGUCAUGUAGAGACAGGAGGUGGUUCUAACUAUCAAUGCCUUCCUACAAACCCACAGUGGGGAAGGUACACCAGUGCAAAAAGUAAAUAUUCUGCUUUAAUGUAUGGAGCUGAAUAUCAGUUUGAAACAGCCAGUGGACAUCCAAACCCUUUUGAUGGUGACAAUGCACCUACCCCUGGUGACAGAGAAUCACUUUACGAAAGUGAUGUACCAUGUGCUGUGUGUUCAGUACCUCGUUCAACGUCUAUCAUGAUCCCAGCUUGGAAGACAUGUCCAGAUGCAUGGCAUUUCGAAUACACUGGUUACCUUGUAUCAGAGUAUGCAAAACACGGCGGUAGAAGGACAUUUGAAUGCAUGGAUGCAGCGCCAGAGGGAGUGCCGGGUAGUGGGGCUAAUAAGAAUGGUGCAUUAUUUUAUGCUGUGGAAGCAUCUUGUGGGUCCUUACCUUGUCCAAACUACAAAGAUGGGGCAGAGUUGACGUGUGUGGUCUGCACAUCUUAAACACAUGAUAUACAAUGUAUUCUAUCCAAAGUGAAUAAAAAAAUCAUGAGCACUAUAAGUAUAAUGCAUUGUUAAGUGGCUGUUUUAUGUCAUCACCAAGAAAUGGUGACAUAUUGUUACAGCCUCCAACGUUAAACAUAUAGCAUAAGAGAUUCAGCAUAUGUA